AUGAUUUUCGACGACGAUGACGACGAGUCACUCUUUGGCUCUCCUCUAAAUUCACCGCAGCCGCAGCCUUACUUCGCAGUCAGAGACCCAACCCAUCUCUGUCUGCCUGGCAUGAGCUCCAGUCACUUACCGAACGCCAACCUUGCUCCUGCGCAGGCGCAGAGCACAACUUCGAAGUUACAGGUGCCUCAAGUACCUCAGCAGGUCAUGGGUACCGAGGGUAACGCCUUGGACGUUCCUACCAGACCGCAGACACCAGAGCAGAGACGACUUUCACGAAACAACUCAAAGCCUUCCUCCUCUCGAACAGCCUCUACAACCCAGAGAGCUCCAAUCUCUACCAUCAAUCCUGGAGUGCCCGUUCGCCUCAUUCCAACGAUGCCAGGUUCAUCAGCUCUCGCAUCAGAGACUCCUCUAUUCGCUCCGCCAAUUGCGCCAGGCUACAGUGUCUUGCCUCCUUUGCCCGCAUCGCUCCUGCUACCUCCUACGCCCCCUGUUCUGAACGAGGAUAGAGCACCCUCAGCCUCAGGCGAAGCAUCUCCAGCCCAGAAGAUGUGUAGCAAGUGCCGCAAAGUCAAGCCGCAGUCGGAGUAUACUUCCAUGACCCACAUGGGCCUGAUCAAGGAGCGAAGCCAAUGCGAGCCGUGUCGCAGAAAGCGAAGAGAGUCAUCGGCUCGACACAAGCUUCGCAAAGGGCAGGCAGAAACUGAGGCCGAGGAUACUCAAGAGCAGGCCCAACAGCAGCAACUACCGCAGGGCGGCAUGUCGCAGUGUCCUCACCAUGGCUUAGAUGAUAACCAGUUGACUCUUUCUUCUCAUCCAUUGGCGUCCAUCGCUGGUUCUGGACAGGCAACUCAGUCUAGCCCCAUGCGCGGCGUUGCAACGAAGAGCACCAUGCUUGGUUUCAGUUCUAUUACGCAGCCUAUGAGAGAGGCAAGUACUUUGUUCUAUAUGAUAAUGGUUGCUCCUAAUGCCCUGAUCACAACCCAACAUGAUCCAAUCGACUUGACGUUUCCGACCGUUCCUUCCUUUUUCGACUGGCCCGGAGCUCAUGAACUUGCACAGGGCAUCGAUCUCGAAGCUGAUAUGGCAUUCUAUGGACUGCAGUCGUCGAAGCGACUCCUGUCGCCAAGCUCAGUCUUCCCAAAAGAGACUGGUAUGGAAGUUGGAGUUUCCCAAAUCCAAGACACCACAAGCGCUUUCUACGACAUCGUGAGCGUCAAGACGCUUAAGACUCCCUUGACCAAGAAUGAAGAGAACUGGCUUCUUAACCACGAGCGACAGAAGUUCAAAGAGGCUCGCCACAAGUGCCCAUGGAUGAAGACGCAGGACAAAACGACUCUGGAGUUGUACUGGGAGAAGAGACAGGCCUCGAUUGUUCUCGGGCUUGUGGAUGUGCCUGGCUCUGACCUGCAACCCAUGAUUGGCUAUUCGUAUGCUGAGGGUUCGCAUCAAAGUCUGGCUGGUGCUUACCCAGAUGAUUACGACUGGCAUUGACUUGGGCUGGACCCUUGAAGAAGAUGAUGGAAUGGUUCAAGAUGAUUCUUUGUAUUUCGCGGGCGUUGUCUAUUGGCGAAAAUGGCAGGACAAGGCAUUGACAGGAAUGCUUUCAGCUUAGUUCCAUAGUGGACAU